AUGCCCUCCUCCUCCUCCAUUGGCGUCCUCACCCUCCUGGCCGGCCUGCUCCUGGGCCAGGCAUGCGCGGACACUGUGACUCUGACGUCGACCAGCUGCUCGACGCAGGUUGGCACCAGCUCUCUGGCCGGUCCGGUGCCGACCACCACCGUCACCCAGACCGUCGAGGAGGAAGCCGUCCGGAUCACCUCCACCACCCAGCCCACGGUCACCGUCACACCCGCCGUGUCGACCGCCUGGACCACGGCAUAUGAGACCAUCACGCUGACCACGACGGCGGACGCCAUCACCGACAUCCUCACCACCACGUCGACCGAGAUCGACACCCAGACCGUGACUCUGGCCCCGGACCUCAUCACCAGCACCGCCGUCGUUACCCUGUCCACGACCAUCACCUCGACCUCCACCAUCGCCGCGCCCGCCGGCUUCACCCCCAUCAUGGACACGCUCCCCACGGCCGUACACGCCAAACGCUCCCGCGCAGCAGACACCGACACCGACUGCGCGCCCCUGCUAGACGACUACCAAUACCCGCAAGCCGUGGAAUGCACGGAAACAACGAUGGUGCAGAGCACGAUCAUCGCGACCGUGACGGCCAGCGCUCUCACGCAGACAGCGGCCGGGGCCACCACAACCCUGACGACGACCAGCACGCUGACGACAACCAGCACGGCGGUCCCAACGACCAUCUCCUCCGUCGUCACCACCACCACGACCUCCACCCUCACCUCCACCACGACCGCCGCCCCCCUCACCACAACCGUGACCUCAACCUCGACCAUCUCCGCCACCAGCUCAACCUCCAUGUACGCCGCAUGCGCGACCAACAACAUCGCCUCCGCGCCCCUCUCGUCCGACUUCGGCAGCUUCGCCGGCGAAUACAUCUACUACAUCACCUUCAGCAGCGUGCCGGGCGAGAAACUGACGGUGGGGAACACGGCGUCGGCCUACGACUGCUGCGUCAGCUGCAUGCAGUCCGAUACCUGCGCCAUGUCCUACUAUAAUGCCGUCACCUCCUCCGUCAAGUACUGCUACCUGAUUGGGACCACCUCCUGCUCCGCGAGCACCUAUGCGUCCGCCUCAGUGCAUUCGAGCGCGUCGACGAUCCAGAUGUCCAAUGGGAUGUGCGGAAUUGUCAAGGGCGUGAGUGGAUAGAAGGGCUUCGCGAUGAGACAAGACGGG